AUGUGUAGGAAGACUUUGGUAACUCGAACUCAGCGCGGCCGAGAGGCCCUUGUCGUUGAACAGGCUGUCGCUUUCUUCAAGCGCCCGCCAUCUCUCGGCCGUCCUUUCUUCACCACGCAGGAGCUUCCCGACGUGGAGAAUCGCAAGCGGAAGCCCCUCACAGCCGCUCGCGAUCAUCCUCCCGGCCCUCUCGAGCUCGUAAGGGCAGUCGUGACAGCUGGCGCCGAACACCGCCCGGCGGAGCAGCUGCCAGCUGGCGUCGUCGUCCAGGAACGGAUCCCUAAGCACAUCGGCGUUCUGUGUCGUCACGAGGAUUCGGCUCCCGUUGCCUUCGUCCGGCAGCGCGCCUUUAAUCUGGUUCCAGUCCGUGAGGUCACUCAUGUCGUCCAGCACGAUAAGGUACCUGGUGCCCGACAGGUGGCUGCGCAGGUGGCCGCUCAUGACCUCAUUGAAGGGUCUGUGGAAAGGCAGCAAGUACUGGAAUAUGUCCCCCCGGUCCUGACGGUUGCCCAGCCGUCUAGCCGGUAUUCACGGCCCCAUCUAUCGAAAAUCGUGAAGCGGGUCACGAUGUCCGGGUCGCGGCAGAUGCAUUUAGCGAGCGUCGUCUUGCCUAUGCCGGCCAUCCCCACGACCACGACGACUCGCCGUUUAGGGUCUCGGCUCAGAAGCAUCCCUUUGAGAAGCUCCAAGUUCUUCUCCUGUCCCACAACCUCUCCCAUCUCAAACCUAUCAUUUCUCCAGAUUGUUCUCAUAGUUCUUAAUAUUACCCUGCAAUCAAAUUAG